CAUAAACCCACCGUGCGGCCUCACUGCCUUGGUUACUUAUCUCUCGUUACCCAUCUUCUCUGCAGCUCCUCAGGCUGGUCCUGGUUGCAACUGACACACUCUUUUCUUGACCGCCAACCUAUUGCUCCUUGAUUCUGGCGCAACUAUCCACUUCCCUUUGUUACGCCGUUCUAGGACCAUGCCCACUCGAUCACCGAUAGCGAUUGCGCAUCGUCCGACGUAAAUGGUGGCCACGUUUGGCUGCAACAUACCUUUUCGAACUCCCGUACUAUCCGCAUACCACUCUGCUCCCUCUGGAAAAUGUCGCUCCUUCACAAUGAAGAUUUCACGAUAUGGCAACUGCGCACUUCUUACCUCUCGACCAUCAAAGAUGGCAUCGGUGACCGCCUCAUCAAUGUGAACAAUACCGUGCUCAAUACUCCCGGUUUCCGUGCUGCGGGCUGGUCUUCCGCCUCCGCCAACCCCAACGCCCAGACAGGCGCCGCCCAAAUCAAGCGGACAUACUCGCCUCCCAUCCCCCUCACCACAGCUGUCGCCUCGGAAUAUUAUCAACUCGGUAUCGCUAGAGAUGCCAAUGAGUCGGCGGCGCGGCUUGGGGUGGGAGAAGAUGGCGACGACGACGAAGGCGGGAUGGUGACAGGAAAGAGCAACAUGGAGAUUAUCGGACGGCGGAAUCUCAGAGGGAAACGCACGCACCGGAGGGAUCGCCAGCAGAAUGAUCAACAGAAGCAUCGGGAGGCUGAGGAAGACGAUAGCAGUGAUUUGAGUGACGAGAGCGACGAUGAUGGGGAUAGCGCUCCAAGCGGUGCCAGCCAGAUGAAGUUUCCGAAAUUGCCCAUCCGAACAAGAGCCGGAUCGUCUCCGAUACGUUCAACCGAUCGCCAGGAGGGCCCUCAGGUCAUGGUCACCUCUCCAUCGCAUCCAGCUAUGGGUACCCAUUACCGCACGGGUUCGUUGGGAACCGCUGUUAGCAGCGUCAACGAGCGACCGCGCCGCGAUACAACUACGACGGCUAGCAGUGACCUUUCGUCCGACAACGAUCUCAGCUCAUCCCUUUUCAAGAGGAGACAGAUCCAGUUUUCCGGACAAGAUCAGGUCAUCGAACUCAGGAGGCACAGACAAGGGGCAGGUAACAGAGACCUCGAAGAGCUGGAUGAACAGGCAGAGGACUCUGGUGCAGAGUCGGUGGGUUCGGCUCUUUCAUCGGACUUUGACGCCACCGCGGGGUCGACUUCCCUCUUGGAAAAUGUCGGUAUCACUGGUAGCCUGGAUUCCUCCUCGCCAAUCGCGUUGAUGCACAAAUUGCAGAAUGGGGCCGGAUCACAAACCGCAUCGCCACGAAAGUCCCGGACUCCCGCGGCAGAGUUGCAAGACCUCCCACCGCCGCGUCCGAUCAGCACGAUUCAACCGGUAAGUCUGCUAUCGAAGGCCCUCAAUGCGCGCAAGCAAGCACCUACGAACCCGGUCGAGAAAUUCGCCGUACUGUCCGGCAAAGGUCUGACCGAUGUGCUCAAUAUCAAACUGUAUUUGCCAUUCUCUACUGAUCCUGACGAGCCCUUGGAUCUGCCAAUUGCUCGGGAGUCGAAGCUAGCAGAGCAGCCAGCCCCAGUGACAGUUGUCGAAGCCAUUGGGUUGGCCCUUUGGCGAUACACAGAGGAUGGUCGCGAACCGGCCAUCGAUCGGAACAAGCUCACUGUGAACAUGUGGACUCUACGGAUGGUGGAGGACGGUGAAGUUGAGUAUGACUUUCCCGCACUCAGCCGCACAUCCCCAAUCGCCGACUUUACCUCGAACAACAACCGGGCAGCUGGCCGCCGUACGCGAGGGAAACAAUACGACGAAUUCGCUCUUGUGGAAGCGUCCGGUGCCGAAUUCGAAGAGAAUGAGCGUCUCUUUCCCAUGUUCAGUUUGGCACCAUCUUCGGAGGAUAACAGUGCCGAAGUUGCUGCAAGUGCACCUGCUUCAGCAAGCCAGCCUAUAGCACAGGCCAAGGCGCCUCGUCCGAACCCUAUCCUUGGACAGCCCUUCUCCUCGGCCCUGAACGACAAUACUUUGACACCUGCCGAUCGGCCAGCUGUACCUACGUCUCAUGCUACCCCUCGCCUAGGGGUUUCCAAAACGUUGAAGAUCCGAUACACCAAUGUAGAGGCCUCGAUACAGGUGAUGACACUCAAUACCUCGACCGACAGCUACAUUGCCGAGAUUCUUGACUCCGUGUGCAAACGCUGGGGCCUUGACAAGGGCAACUACUUGUUGAAGGUGAUGGGAUCCAGUACAAUUGCACCUUUGGACCGAACAGUGGAAGCUCUGGGCAACCUCACCGACCUAGACCUCGUGCGCCGGCGAUUUGGGCCUCAAAUGACUGGCUCCCCGGGCAGCUCAUCGCCCAAUGCGCCCCUUCUCAUCGACAGCAACACCGCUCCGGCCAAGAAAGGAAAGAAGAGCGGCCAACGUAUGCUUCACCCUCUCACACAGAAACAAGACCUUACCGGAGGCUACUAUCGACGAUACUAUGUGUGGCGCAAACAGUCUAUGUCGUUCACGCAGUCCAACCAUCGGGUUUUGACGUUCGACAAUGAUUACAUGCAUAUCAUGCCGGCGGAUACAGGCAAGACGGUGUCCGACACGAAGACGCGGUCAAUAAGCUUCAACGACGUAGUGGGAUGCAAAGUGAGUCGACGACACCCUAAGAACUUUCGGGUGGUGGUUCUGCGCGGCAACGAUGCCAACGAGCAGAAACGGUAUGACUUCGAGGCACGCAACGCUCUCGAGGCGGUGGAAAUCGUGGAUGAGAUCAAGAAAAAUAUGGUCCAUUAUCGCAUUUAGGCCUGCGGCCUUGUCUAGCCCAUUGUAUUUCUGUGACGCGGCAGGGUGACUCUGGGGGUUGAAACAGCAUUUUGGAAUGGAGUGCAGCGGGCGUUCAUCUAUUUUGUGGGAGGGGGGAGGAGGGUUGGUUCGCUAUUCAAUUCAGCCGUGAUGGCAUUCAAAGUACCGUACAUAUAAACAUCGUGCCCGUUGAGUAAUCAACGUACCGAUAGUUGGCCUUGAUUAAGGAUUAAGGUUUCAGCCAGUGU